CGAGAGAGAGGUUUCCGUCUGCGGAAACGAAUCGACAAGAGCGAGAGAGAGAGAGAGCAAAUUCAUAGGAGGAAGAAAGUCUGAAGAGAAAGGUGGACCCAGCUCAAACACACAUUCACCUUACUUGAAUACAUUCAUACUUAAAACAUUGAAGAUAAGGCCUGCGGAGAUGGGCGAUAAGGCGGGGACCAGAGUCUUCAAGAAGUCCAGCCCUAACUGCAAGCUCACAGUGUAUUUGGGGAAGAGGGAUUUCGUGGAUCAUCUGGACCAUGUGGACCCUGUGGAUGGAGUGCUCUUGGUUGACCCUGAAUACCUUAAAGACAGAAAAGUGUUUGUGACCCUAACGUGUGCGUUCCGGUAUGGCCGUGAGGAUCUGGACGUGCUCGGCCUGUCCUUCCGGAAGGAUCUGUACAUCUCCACCUUCCAGGCCUUCCCCCCGCUGCCCGAGGAGCGCAAGCCCCUGAGCCGGCUGCAGGAGCGGCUACUCAAGAAGCUGGGCCAGCACGCACACCCCUUCAACUUCACCAUUCCUCAGAACCUUCCUUGCUCAGUGACCCUACAACCUGGACCAGAAGAUACAGGCAAGGCGUGUGGAGUGGAUUUUGAGGUCAGAGCUUUCUGUGCCAAGUCAGUGGAUGAGAAAAUCCACAAACGGAACUCUGUGCGGCUGGUGAUCCGUAAGGUGCAGUAUGCUCCAGAGAAGCCCGGCCCACAGCCCAUGGUGGAGACCACCCGCAGCUUCCUCAUGUCAGACCGCUCCCUACACCUGGAGGCCUCGCUGGAUAAAGAGAUCUACUACCACGGGGAGCCCAUUAGCGUGAACGUCCACGUCACCAACAACUCCACCAAGACCGUCAAACGCAUCAAAAUCUCAGUGCGGCAGUAUGCUGACAUCUGUCUGUUUAGCACCGCACAGUACAAGUGCCCCGUGGCACAGGUGGAGGCCGAUGACCAGGUGUCCCCGAGCUCCACCUUCUGUAAAGUGUACACACUGACCCCCACACUGACCAAUAACCGGGAGAAGAGAGGCCUGGCCCUGGACGGCAAGCUCAAGCACGAGGACACCAACCUGGCCUCCAGCACCAUAGUGAAGGAUGUGUCCAAUAAGGAGGUCCUGGGCAUCCUGGUGUCCUACAGAGUGAAGGUCAAGCUGGUGGUGUCUCGUGGAGGUGAUGUAUCAGUGGAACUGCCUUUUGUUCUGAUGCACCCCAAACCCACAGACCAGCCCAACUCAAGGCCCCAGUCAGCUGUGCCUGAAACAGAUGCACCUGUGGACACCAACUUGAUUGAGUUUGAGACAAAUAAUUUCUCUCAGGACGAUGACUUUGUGUUUGAGGACUUUGCUCGCCUGCGGCUGAAGGGCAUGAAGGACGACAAGGAUGAAGACGACCACUUUUGCUAACGUCUCACCUGAGCCAACCCUCCAGCCCAGCCCAGCCCAGCCCAGCUCCUCACCCUGCUCCUCCAAGCCCCCUUACCUGAAACGUGUGGCCAGCCAAGGGGCAGAGGAGCUAGCCUGCUCCAUAGCUACUCCCAGUCGGGGGCCCAAUCAGAAAAAAAAACAUGGAAUGCUUGUCCUUCACCUUUUUGUUUUCCCCUCUACCUUAAUCCUCCAUCGUUGUCCUGUUUCGCUUUCUCCUUCUCUUUCAAUAUGUUUUCUCCUUGAUCCAUGUUCUUUCUUUCUGGCCAUGUUUAAUACUGCUGUUGAGCAGGUGUUUUGUCCCCGUUUGGUUAAACCAGAUGAUGCACAAGUGUAAUCUGAGAGAGAUUUGGCUGGUUUGGUUGGCUAGUGGAGGGGUCCAUUGAUUCAGGGUUAAUGCAUACGUGUUUUUGUUUUUAAUUUUCUUCUAUCAUGUCCGACAUUAUAAUAUGAGACGGGCUUUAUUACCAAUGUAAGGACAAAAGUACCAUCUAACUUGUGUACUGUAUGCCUUGCACAAGUUAUCAGCUGGGGAUGAAGAACGUUUGUUCUUGUGGUUUGUCUCCCCCUUCCUCUAAUAGAACAUACCUGUCCAUUAUGUACCUUUAAUACAUAAGACACUGGCAUUACAGUUCCGCGACCUCAUACAGAUAUGUCAAAUUAACCUAUCUUACAUAUCUUUGUAAGUUCGUGUGAUGGAUGGGCUUAUGUCAUUUCCUGUGCACAGGUAGUGCACUUGUAACACACAGAAGAGUGUGGCCUUUUUUAUGGGUAGAAAAUAUUAGAUGGCUAAAUAUAUAGGACCACAAAGAGAUAUUUUGUAUCUUCUUUUUUUGUUUUCUUUGAGAAAGAGCAUCUAUUUGUAAUGUACAAUUGUAGAAUGUGUGUAUGCUGUCUCAAGUCUCUGGCAUAAUGGCACCACGAGGCUGACACAUAAGAUGGACACUGAGAUGCCUAAUUAUUCAACACAUAUAUACAUACACACACAGACACUCUCAUUCUCUCUCUCUUCUUUCUCUCUCUCUCUCUCUCACGCACACACACACACACACACACACACACACACACACACACACACACACACACACUACAUGUACUGAACACACGGUCACUCAUUCUCUUAAAAAAAUCUGUCUAGUGCAGAUUUGUCUUUGUUUUCUUUUUGGGGCUUGUUAUUACUUUUUUUCCCAGUAGAUAUUAGUUGGAACUUUGAUUACCAAAAGUCUUUUAAUGGAGAUCAUUGCAUUUGAUUGAACAUUUCAAAACUGAUACCUGCCACCAUAUGGAAAUAUGCACCAUAAACAUGAACAUACUGUACAGUACCUACACCCAUGCAGUUAAAACACUGGUAGUUGAAACAGAUACAAAUAUAAUAUAUUAAAACGUGUGUAAUUGUUACAUAGUGAUACACAUCUUUAUGGAUCAGAUUCUUGGCAAUGACAUUUUACUCUAUGGAGUCCAGUCAAUGAUGGCAUGAUGGAUGGAAAUUGUAGUUGAUAAUUAUUAUGGCUAGUAAGCAUUAUACAAAUAACAGCAAUUUUCAUAUUUUUAAUGCCCUUACCUGCAGCUAUCAGUAGCAUCUUGAAGACUAGUGGCCAAACGAAAAAAAAAUAAAAAAACAAGGAUAAUAUUUGACACCAUUUUGGCAAGCCUCUUCACCUCGUCAUCAAUAUUUAUUAUCAGAAAUUGAGUUACUGAAACAAUGAUUUGAAACCAAGUAUUUCAUUUUUAUACAACAUAUUGUCAUUAGAAUUGUGUUUUACAUGUUUGAAUUUAGUUGUCACUUGUAAGAAUUCAUGGCUUUCUCUCAUUUGAUAUGGAUGGCAUGAUUUUAUGCAUUUGCAGUUCUAGUCAUUUUCAAAAUGCCAAUUAAGUUUUAAUUUUUUUACAACAAAAUAUUGAAUGCCACAGUGUUGGUACUUGAUAGUGAGAAUGGCUUCCUAUUGAAAUGACUAAGUACGCCAUGACUUCCCACUUGCGACAAUUGCAUCCCAAUAUGUUAGAGUUGUGUCCCAAAAAUUGCUUAGGGCAAAUUUGAGGUUUUUGGGGUUUUAAGGUCAUCAACCAGGAGCAAACAUUCAAUUUUCACAUGUUCAAUUGACUUUGAAUACAUAGGAAAUGCUGGAUUAAAUUCCUGGUACUUGUUACAUUAGUCACCCGUAUCUUAAGAAAGUGUCACUUUGUAAUUCCCUUUAUUUUUAGGAUUUCUUAAAUGUCUUUAAGAAGACAGAAGUGGGGAAGUGCUCUGAAAUUGGUAUCUUACCUCCUAGCGCCCCCUAGUGUCUAUGACCAGUAGCUAGUUGAUUGUCUGUGCCUCAGCUCGACUGAAGAAGGAACCCAGAACUUUCUUUGAUGCUGUACCAUUUACCUCCCAGAAACCAGCAAAAAUAUAGAUUAUUUUACCUGCUCUUAAAAAGAAUGUGUGGGACGUGGGAAAGGGGACAUGAAAAGAGGAACUACUCCUGAAGUUACUACUUAUUAUUAUUUUGCUGUCAACAUGAUAUAUACCAGAGAUAUUACAAAAGAAAUGUUGCCAUUAUUUUUCUUUAAUUGUUUUGUGUUGAUUUAUUAAGAUUCUAUUUUAUUUUUUAUUAAAGUGAAAAAUAAAAAACUAACCUUAAAUUCUCUGCUGUACUCCUCACAUGCUGUACAUAUUAUCAUGGUCAUUAAAUAUUGUAUAUGAGUUACUGUC